AUGGAGGGGGCCAGGCCCCCAUCUCCAGGAGGUGAGCUGGAGCUCUCGGUGAUCCAGGGGCAGCCAGACGAGCAGGCGCCUCUCAAUGGAGCCGUCCAGGGCAUCUUUGCUCUAGAGGAGGAGCCCUGCCCAGUUCAGGCUGACAAGGAAAGCCCUUGGAACUCCUGUAAUAAGAACUUGGUUGGAAAGUGCAAACUGUGGAUGGUCCUCGCCUCUGUUUUCCUAGGUCUCGUUAUAGUCAUCAUCAUAAGCUUAUGUCUGACUGGAGUAACCUAUGUCGAUGAGGAUGAAAAUGAAAUACUUGAAUUGUCGUCUAAUAAAACAUUCUUGGUCAUGCUAAAGAUUCCAGAGGAUUGUGUAACUGAAGAGAAAUUGCCUGACCUGCUCACGAAAAGGCUCACAGAUGUGUACAGUUCAUCACCAGCUCUGAGCCGUUACUUUACUUCAGUUGAAAUCAUAGACUUCAGUGGUGAAAACGCCACAAUAACCUACCACUUGCACUUUGGGUUUCCGUCGAAAGACCACAACUUUAUGAAGUACGUGAUGAGUGAGGAGUUGGUGCUGGGCGUUUUGCAGCAGGAUUUCCAUGAUCAGAACGUGUCCGGUUGUGAGACUCUGGGGCUUGAUCCAGCGUCCCUCCGGUUCUCUGAAUGAAGUGGUUGAGGUCGAUCUGUGUCUGAAAGCAGCACACCACUGAACUUUGGGAUGAGGAGAAUUCAUUCCGUUUUACAGAAGAGAUCCUGUGAAUUAACGUAGAAGGGCUCACAGUGACUACAGGGCUGGAGACGGCCCUUUUUCUCCUGAUUCUGCACAGAGUCUGGCACUACGUCCAGCAAAACAGCACCCAGGGCUGCCCCAGCUGGGUCCAGAUGGGGCGGGGUGACCAGGCGGCGG